AUAUUAGCUUAUUACUAAUGUAUAGAGCAAAUUACUAGAGUAUUAGUAGGUAAGUGAAUUUAACUUUGAAAUUAUUAGCUUUUAUUUUGAAAGUACCGGAUUUCACCGGAUUUAAUUUACUAGCUUUAUACCACCGUGGAAGAAGAGCGACCGACAUCGAACUUGCAGCAGAUUUGUACCUUAUUGACAUGACAAUGGAGGUGUCGAGGCGACGAACUAUCCAAAAGCACUUGGAGCCUGCAAGACCACUGCGCCGUCUCCUUCCUGUUGACAUCCGUGGCUCAACUGACCCCAAAAUAAAUCCUGCUUCGUGUGUUCAGACAUUGAUUAACAUCGCAGAUAAACAGACAAACAUUACAGUGGAGCAGUUCCUUGAGAUUGUCAAUCUCCAGGAUGAGAAAAAAGAGAGAUUGUCAUACUCUCGAGAUUUUCUGAUUGGACUUGCGAGUUGUCCUGCUGCCAAGAUGAGGCCGAAGUUUUUACCAGACCACCCCAUAGUCUUACCCAAUGCACGAAAGGUCGACUACACCCUGGACUGAUCGCCAGUCGCUGCCUACAAUAGAGAUAGGCAACACUACCACACCACUACAUCAUUGUUUUUGUUUUUUCUUAUAGUUAACUUAUUUUCUUUACGAGAAAACAUGUAUCAUUGUAUUAUUGUAUAUUUGGUUGAUGUUUGCACUGUUUUUUGUGACAACGCUCAUUAAAGCAUUUGUGGAAAAAUACGCAAGA